AUGGGUGCAUAUCUAAGCAAAGAACAUGUUAAUGUGAAACUUUUCAUAGAUGAAGAGAAAAAUAAAGUUUUGUUUGUACAAGCAGGGAAAGAUUUUAUGGAUGUGCUACUUAGCUUCUUAACUUUGCCUUUGGGCACAAUUGCUAGGCUUGUCAGCAAGAACUCUAACAUCCAAAAAGUUAGAGUUGGAAGCAUAAGCUCUUUGUAUGAUAGUGUUGUCAACCUUGACGAAAAGCAAUUCUGGACACCUGUUUGCAAAGAAAUGCUGCUUCGACCAAGGAACUCAAUGGAAGAAUAUUGCCAACGUAUAAAACUUAACAUUGACGACACUGAGAAAAUGAAGUACUUUGUAUGUGAGAAUCAGAACUGCAGUCGUGAAUCGGGGGCUUUGUUGAGUACAUUCAGGAAUCAAAGAUGCAAGUGUGGAAAACCGAUGAAUCGAGAGAUAUUUCUUGCAAGUUCAUGCACUAAUGAAAAAGUUGAUUAUGAAGGGUUUGUUCCAGAUACUGCAUCUUUCAUUAUUUCAGAUGAUUUGAGUGUAAAACCAGAUACUUUAAGUGGGACUAUUUUCAAACCUAUUAAUCUUCCAGAAAGUUGUAAUUUGGAUGCUAUCAAGCAAGUCACAAUAAAUGUUACUCGGAAAGAGAUUUUGGACUUGCUCAAGUGCUCCUUAUUUUCGAUGACACCUUUAACCGACGUAUUCUUGAAGAAGAAUUUGGUUAUUGAGAAUAGGAACACACAAUCCAUCAGCUCAUUUGACACUGAUUGUCGCGACCAGAAAUCAAAGUCAAGAGAGAAAAAAAUUAGUGUAAAGCUACUGGUAAGAAAAUCAAGUAACACAGUAUUGUUCGCUUUAGGUGGCGAGGAUUUUGCAGAUUUCGUUAUAAGUUUAUUAACAUUCCCGUUAGGAGGUGUCGAGUACAUGUUAAACGGGAAAUCUUACAUGGGCAGCAUUGAUAAUCUUUACCAGAGUAUCUCUGUUUUGGACCGUUGUAAAUAUUUAAGAUCCCCUGAUUUGGUUGAUAAACUUGUUAAAUCUCGGCUUGCACACCAAUUUAAAAUCUGCAACCAGAUUUUACCGAUUGACGAAGCUUCUGCUUUUAAUUACGCUUGUUAUAGUAAGAAAGAGAUGUAUGGUGAAGUGAGAAGCUCUUUAGUUGCCUCAAAUGGUUGUUCUUGGUCAUUUUUUGAUACUUGUGUUCAUUUGGAAUAUUUGGAGCCACAAUCAUCAACUGGUGAUGCAUAUAACAGAUUUGCAAUUGGUGGAAGAGGAUUCACUAAGAAACCGGCAUUGUACAUGGUUUCAGAUGACUUGAUCGUCACACCAGGUUCCUCCACCUCUGCCAUAUCUGUUCUGACUAAAUUGAGAAUUCCUCUCUCUGAUGUGGUGGAAUGUGACAUUGACAUUGGCAAAAAUGAGAGUCUCAGCAUUGUGAAAGCUUCUUUGAUCUCAUCUUCUGCUCUGACUAAUGGUUUCGGUCCAUUCCUUACAAAAUUUACAUGA